AUGAUGAAAGCAGCUUUAUUUUCUUCCGGAGCUUUUAAUUCCGAAUCUUUUAAAGAGGUUUUGAAUUGUGGAAAGAGAUUACCCUCCAAUUCUUCCAUUACAUUCGAGGGAAUUAUGAAAGAAUACUUUUAUCAAACUGGUGUGAUGAAGGUUUCUGAUAAAUUAUUGGAAACUGCCUAUUCGAUUGCUGUUGAUCAUGAUCCGAUCAGUGCGGAAAGACAAAUUCACUUGGCAUUAGGAUUGCACAGUUGUAAAGAUGGUUUGAAUGAAAGAAGGGAUUUGAAUUUAGUUGUACGUGUUGUUUAG